GCUCGUUUUGCCGGUGUUGUGGUUGCUUUUACCCCUGAUCGGAGCGGCUCCCUCUCAGAGCUCGGAGCAGCUGGACACGGGGGUGGACUGGCUGAGUAAGUUUGGUUACCUCCCGCCCCCUGACCCUGUGACUGGACAGCUCCAGACCAAGGAGGCGCUCACCAAGGCCAUCAAAGCCAUGCAGAAGUUCGGCGGACUCAAAGAGACCGGAGUGUUAGACCAAGCCACUCUGGGUCUAAUGAAAACCCCCAGAUGUUCACUACCAGAUGUGUCCGAUGCAGAGGGGACCCAAGGCCGAAGGAGACGAAGUGCACUCCCUCCAAACAAAUGGAACAAGAGGCAUCUGUCCUGGAGGGUGCGUACGUUCCCCAAGGACUCGGCCGGGCUUCUGGGCAGAGACACAGUGCGCGCUCUCAUGUACUACGCCUUAAAGGUGUGGAGUGACAUCGCCCCUCUCAACUUCCAUGAGGUGGCGGGCAGCGACGCAGACAUCCAGAUCGACUUCACUAAAGCCGACCACAACGACGGGUACCCCUUCGAUGGACCCGGGGGCACGGUGGCACACGCCUUCUUCCCCGGAGAGAGGUUCACGGCCGGAGACACGCACUUUGACGAUGACGAGGCCUGGACCUUCAGAUCACCAGACUCUCAUGGGAUGGACCUGUUUGCUGUGGCGGUGCAUGAGUUCGGCCAUGCCAUCGGUCUGGUGCACACCUCGGCCAUAGAGUCCAUCAUGAGGCCGUACUACCAGGGUCCUGUGGGAGACCCGCUCAAGUACGACCUGCCCUAUGAAGACAAAGUACGCGUGUGGCAGCUAUAUGGAGUCAGAGAGUCGGUGUCACACACAAAUCAACCCGGUAACCCCGCUCAAACGGCCGAGCCCCCGGUUCUCCUGGACCUGCCGGAGAACAGGUCCACUUUCUUGCUGACUCGAGAUGCCCCAGACAGAUGCACCAGUCACUUUGAUGCAGUGGCCCAGAUACGAGGAGAGGCCUUCUUUUUCAAAGGGAAGUAUUUCUGGAGGCUAACCAGAGAGAAGCACCUGGUGUCUCUGAGGCCAGCUCAGAUCCAGCGCUUCUGGAGAGGUCUACCCAACAAUCUGGACAGUGUGGACGCCGUGUACGAGAGGCCCGUGGACCACAAGAUAGUCUUUUUUAAAGGUCUGAAGUACUGGGUGUUCAAAGACAACAUAGUGGAGGAAGGAUACCCUCGUCCCAUCAGUGACUUUGGCUUACCCACAGACGGAGUGGACGCUGCUUUUGUGUGGCUCCACAACGACAAAACCUACUUCUUUAAGGACAACCUGUACUGGCGCUAUGACGACCACCUGAGGAGGAUGGACCUGGGCUACCCCAAAGACAGCUCCCUGUGGAAAGGGCUGCCCCCCAGCCUGGACGACGCCAUGAGAUGGUCCGAUGGGUCUUCGUACUUCUUCAAGGGGAAGGAGUACUGGCGCGUGCCCAGCAGUGACAUGGAGGCGGAGGCAGGCUUUCCUCGGCUCAUCGCUAAAGACUGGCUGCUGUGCACUGAGAUGCAGGCCGACUCUCCACAGCCAGAGGCCAAAAGCCCCGAGAGCAGAGGGAACGUGCACGGAGCCCCGGACCACGCCCACAACGGCUACGAGGUGUGCUCCUGUACCUCGGACAGUGGCUCUCCUCUGGGGCUGCGCUCACAGCCCUCCCCCCUCUGGCUGCUGGCCCCUCUGUGGACGCUGUGGCAGGCUCUCUCCUCUCACCUGCUAUGA